GUUCUUUUCGACAAAAACAAUCAUGUACACCUCCUAACCCUUUCCGUACAUCAUCCCCGUACAGUUUUCCGACGAGGUCCCACAGAUCGUCCUCUUAUCGUGACGGAGCGCUCGCUAAACCCAAAUAGCACGACAGCUCUACCUACUUCUUCCCCUCCACAACGAUGUCACUGUGGACUCCUGCUCCGGAACCUCCCACUAAGUUAGGCUAUCUCAGAACUCUCUCAAGUCGUGCUGGCAUUAGUGUCUCUCCCUUAUGCUUGGGCGCGAUGAGCAUUGGAGAUCAAUGGAGCGAUUACAUGGGACCUAUGGACAAAGAGUCCAGCUUCAAAUUACUAGAUGCUUACUUCGAUAUGGGUGGAAACUUCAUCGAUACGGCUAAUAGUUAGUGCGUCGUCGCUCGUGAUAUGAUUACCCGGGUACCCUUUCAUUUUUGACGCUUCUACUUCUACUCAUGAUAGCCAAGACGAAUCGUCCGAGAAAUUCAUCGGAGAAUGGGCCGAGAAGCGUGAUAUCCGUGAUCAACUGGUCAUCGCGACCAAAGUGAUUUAUCCCCCUCUAAGUUCCUUUCUUCGCGGAAUUAUGUAUAUCUGUUCCGCUGACUGAUACACCUAUUAUAGUAUACCAUGAACUGGAAACGCGGUUCAACUGACAUUGCACAAAAAGCAAACUACGUCGGUAACCACGUCAAGUCGCUACAAAUAAGUGUUGAAGCUAGCUUGAAGAAAUUGCGCACAUCGUACAUUGACAUCUUAUAUCUGCACUGGUGGGACUGGAACACGUCCGUAGAGGAAGUUAUGGAUAGCCUUCACCAUCUAGUCGCACAAGGAAAGGUACUCUACCUUGGGAUAUCCGCUAGCCCCGCGUGGGUCGUGGCGCAAGCAAAUACUUAUGCUCGGUGUAUGGGGAAAACGCCGUUUGUUAUCUACCAAGGUCUGUGGAGCGUUAAGGACCGGGAUCUUGAACGGGAGAUUAUUCCCCUGGCACGAUCAUUUGGUAUGGCCAUCGCACCUUGGGGUGUCCUUUGUCAGGGUAAACUACUUUCGGAAGCUGAUAUCAAGCGCCGUCAAGAGUCGGGGGAGGGACACAGUAGGAUAAUUAAAUCGGAUACUUGGCAUCAAACCGAAGACGAAAUGCGUAUCUCUCGUGCCUUGGAGACAGUCGCAAAGGAAAUCGGAGCGAAGAGUGUCACCGCCGUCGCCAUCGCGUAUGUCAUGCAGAAGACCCCUUAUGUCUUCCCAGUUAUUGGAGGACGCAAAGUUGAACAUCUAGUUGAAAACUUGGAGGCAUUGGAUAUCGAGCUCUCGGAUGAGAAUAUCAAGUACCUCGAGGGUAUCCUUCCGUUCCACGCUGGAUUCCCGUAUACUUUUAUUGGUGAUGGAACAAUAGAGCACUUCUGGUUGUCGAACGCAUUCAGGCAUCAGAAAAUGCCGCCGCCUCCAGUCCUUGGACCGGUCAAGAAUUGAUUUCGAAUGGGAGUCAGAAAGAAUAUUUGUAGAUUAAGAAUUUGUUGUAGAGUUCGUUUCGCCUUUUGACCGAAACCACCCAUACGAGAAGGAUAUAUAUAUAUGCGACUGAAGAAGAGUGUAAUGAUGGCUACCGGUCAAAUGAUUACGCUGCC